CUCGCGCGCACGCAGCUCGCGAGUCCUUGCUGUGGUUGUAACUAAGGCCCGCCUUCUGUUUGUUCGUGCAGAUAAAUAGCUUUUACUGCUGCCUGCCUGGUUCAGGCAUGGACGUCGGAGACACUCAGACAUGGCAGUACGACAUUAUACUCUCGACUUCACCCUCUCUACGGAAGUUGAUGGUGACAUCUUCAAUCAGGUACGAUCCAUCUUUGAUGAACUGGAAAUGACAGAGACGGUCCUUGACACAGCAGGCCAUGGAUACGUUGCUACUUUUGUAAACAAAAAUGGCUGGCUUGUUGUUCUGCGUAUCCACUCCCAUGGAUUGAUCACCAUCGAUCUGCAGUGUUAUGAAGAUGAUGGCAAAGCACAACAAGACAAUCUUUUAAAUACACUGGAAAAGAAGUUAAAAUCUCUCUUGGCUGGUACUAUUACAAGGAGUAAAAGGCUCCCUCCCCUCAUUCGAGGAGCACAGGUUGAUCGAUAUUGGCCCACCACUGAUGGCAGACUGGUGGAGUACGACAUAGAUCAGCUGCUGUAUGAAGAACAAUCUGCUUACCAAGAUAUAAAGAUUUUGCACUCACAGCAGUUUGGAAAUAUCCUGGUCCUCAAUGGUGAUAUUAAUCUGGCAGAAAGUGAUUUGGCCUAUACCCAAGCCAUCAUGGGGAGUGGAAAGGAAAAUUAUACUGGAAAGGAGGUGCUGAUAUUAGGUGGUGGUGAUGGAGGCAUCCUUGCUGAAUUAGUUAAACAGAAGCCAAAGAUGGUCACCAUGGUUGAGAUUGACCAGAAAGUGAUCGAUGGGUGCAAAAUGCACAUGAGGAAAACUUGUGGCAAUGUCUUGGACAACUUGAAGGGGUGCGAGUAUGAAAUACUAAUUGAGGACUGUGUCCCUGUGCUGAAGAAAUAUGUCAAAGAAGGAAAAGAAUUUGAUUAUGUCAUCAAUGACCUCACUGCAGUCCCAAUAUCCACAGAACCAGAAGAAGACUCUACGUGGGAGUUCUUACGUCUCAUCUUAGAUCUGUCAAUCAAAGUCUUGCAUCCCAAUGGGAAAUACUUCACACAGGGUAACAGUGUGAAUCUGACUGAGGCACUGAGUUUGUACGAGGAGCAGCUAGGAAAGCUUUCGUGUCCCAUUGAGUUCUCCAAAGAAGUGGUAUGUGUACCUUCCUACCUUGAGCUGUGGGUUUUCUACACGGUGUGGAAGAAGCACAGCCAAGCAGUGUUUUCUGAUUGAGUACCUGCUGCUGGAAUAUGAAUAAUCCUCCUUAACUGUGUGUUCAUACUGAACACAAAGUGAAAGCUAGUGACAAGUUAUCACGAAACACUGAUUUCAUUUUCACAAAUAAUCCUAAACAAGAAACAGCAUCCAUGAGAGGAACAGGUGGAGUCACUGCUAAGUGAAAAGUUAGUGCUAGCACGUUGUAAAACGGCAGCACAAGAAAUUUUUUUUUUUUUUAACGAGAAAAAACAGCUCAUGUUUAUAGAUUUAGGGUUAAUGAACCCAAACUCUACCAGUCAGUCAUUUGAGUAAAUCAAGACUUUAUAACUGACUUUGUGUUUCGUCUGAACACACUUUAAUGGGGGAUCUGUUCUUUAUUCCCUCCGAUCCUAAUGUGCUCCACCUUUUCUUUAUUUUAUUGUUUUACCAUUAUUUACUGCAACUUCAGGUUUUAUUUUGCUCCUUUGUUUUGAAUGUUACUAUUCAUGUGCUCUGAAAGAAUUGUUGGUUGUUUAAUGUACUGAUUUGAUGCACUGUUGAGUGGGUUUUUCUUGUUUAGUGAUUGUCUUUUUGGUUUCUCGGGGGAUUCAAAAAAUAAUUGACAGUGUCACUUAUGUGACAUGCCGAUACUCUUUUUUUUUUUUUUUUCCUUUCAGUUGAAUCUGGUUGUUUUUAAGCUCUGUUUUGUUACUUCAACAUAAAUGUGAUUUAAUUCUUUCAGUUGUUAAUAAGGCAGCGUGGCCUUGCCCAGUGAGGUGGAAGUGUCUAAAUGUGUUUUAAAAGGGAAAGAAUUUCUUCCACUUUAUACCACCUAUGUGCUCGUGCUGUUCUUACUCUGUUUUAUGGCACCUUUAGUUUUCACUGAGUAUACAUGCAUUUGCAUUCUUUUAAGUUAUUGGAAAAGUACUGGGUGCACGUAAAGGACAGUGAAUGUAGUUUGCAGUACACAACACAUUUACAUGCGAUGGGUUCUGAGAGAUUUAGUUGCAUUUAUUUAUUCAGAAUAUAUUUUUUCAUUUCUAUAUUUUUCUAUACUCAUUUCUCUUAAGAAGCUAUCGUCAACAACUUUUAGUCUGGGGAAAAAUGUCUUCCUGCAUCAUCCCCCUCCUUUAGAAAGGAAUGGAAUUUAAGAGAUAAUCAAAGCCAGAAUUAGCAUAUUUUAAGAAAUCUUAAGGAAGGUGGGAUUAACACACCAUGGGUCAUUAAUGGACUGUUGCACAAUUGAUUCCGUUUUGUAAAACCAUUGUGUUCUGCAGAUGUUUGCACCUGAUGUCGUCUGUAUCACAAUAGUGUCAUUACCAACGAUGAGCUCGUGGGACUAUAUUUCACAUGGACUGUGUAUAAAUACGGGAUUUUUUUUUUUUUUUUGGCUGCACAUACUUGAAAGAUCUAUCGUAGUCAUGUAUAUCUCUCAGGACUAAGGUACAAAUAUUUUCUGUAAUACAUGUGGCAGAUUUUUGUUUUUGCACCAUACGGUACAUUUCUGAAUAAAAACGGCAUGUGACCACAGUUCAA